CACAAUGGCAUGCUUCUCGUUGUUCAUUUCGCUGAUGCAAAGGCAUUCAAUAUAUGGAUUUUCUCUCUUCGAGUUGCUCUCCUGUGUCGGUGUAUCAUGAGAUACACGCGAUCUAUAUUCGAGAUGCCGGUGGCCAAUCGCUGAAGGUCCUUCGAGGAAGACAGGAGCCAGUUGAGAGAGUAUUGGCCUUUAUCUUCCGCAAUCAUCCAUGGUCGUCCAGCAGCGUCAGCCUCGCGACGAAGAGGCCCAAGCUAGACCCUUGCUCGCGCGACUUCUCCAGUGAUGAUCAGUGGGUCAAGGAUUGCAUUGCGCAAUCAUGCAACACAAACGGCGAGGCAUUGACUGCAGUUUCAGGAUUUACUUUAAGGCUGCAAGAGGUCCCUCGAUUCUCAGAUGGAAUUAUUUUCGGUCUUCUCAGUGUGUUCCCACAAGAGUCAGGCAUCAGUCCGCGAUUUCGGCAGUGGUUCACCUCUUUGGUCGUCAACGGAGCAAGGAUCCCAAUUCACGAUUUACGGUUUCAAGAAAAUAUUGACACAAAUGCAAGAUAUCUCAGUUCAAUUAUCUGUGGAAUUUUCGAUCAAAGCCUCAGAAACAUUUCUCGCGACGACCAAUGGGAAUGUGGAGGACGUGCGUUGUUCGAGGAUCUAGCCUAUCGAUUUAUUUCCCGAGGAGCAACAGUCGAAUUUUGCUUGCCAGCCUUUCCCUGCAAAUCUUCAAAUACUGACAAGGUUACCGGAUAUCUACCUGACAAGGGAGAGGAGAUUGCUCUCAAAAACUUAAUCUCGUUCCUCCGCAGCGUUCGGAAAAUAUAUGAGCCGGGCGCGAAACUUUGGGUCAUCAGUGACGGGCAUGUGUUCAGCGAUUGCAUCGGCGUGGAUGAUAUUAUCGUAGACAAGUACAACGAAGUUCUAAAGUCCCUUUGCGCAAAUAUUCUCGAAAAUGAAGACGCACUCUUCAAAGAUUGCAUACAAUUCUGUUCACUAAAGGAGUUGCUGUUCCGAGACGAACUUCGUGAUAGUCAAUUUGACCGAAGUGUUCUUUCAGAUAUUACUGUGUCUCAUUUCCUGGGGACAACAUUAUCCCCCGACUCAGAAUUAUGUCGAAAAAUUCUACUCGCAGGAUGCCAGGUCGACAGCAACGAGUUGCGUGCGGCGAUUGAAGAUCAGGAUCCAGCGAGACUAGCACUCUAUCGAGGUUUUUCCAAAUUUAUGCUGGAAGAUUUGUCUCUGCAUUCCGCAAGCGAGACACUGAGCAAAAGUCAAAGGAAGAAAAUGAGCUCCAAAAUUGCUUUUGAGAUGAUCAAGCGCAACCAUGCAUAUUCAAAUCUUGUCGAGCUCUUGUUCCCCCAACACAUUCGACUAUCGAUACACGCACAUGACAACCGCGGACCCAAAUUCGGAAUUCGACUGCUAGGAAAGAAUGCCGCCAAACUGGAAAGAUUUGACGGGAAAUUUCUCUCGUCAACCAGCGACGAUCUACUCCACAUACCUACACCAUGGCAUAACUGCGUGUUUCAGAUUGAAGGCGGAUCAACAUAUUAUAUUGCAAAGUCGCGAGUCAUACGAGAGAUUAUGAGGACCGGGCAAUACAAAGGCGUCUGGACCGAGAGUCAGAAUGGACAAGGGUAUUUUUACCUUGCACCUUGCGAGCAUUUGUAAGCGGGUCUACGAAACAAAAUGCAAUAUUUUUGGAUACUUUAUGCAAUAAAGGCA